CACAUUAUCGAGGACACCCCAGUGCUGUGCGCUGUUAAUAAUGAGGGACGGGUGUUUAAGCGACCCGACGCUAACCCUACUGGCUAGCUGUAGCCCUUCCUCCCCGGAGAAGACGCACUACCGUUAGAGAAACAACAAAAAUGACGGCGACAACCUGACACGUCGAUCGCUAUGUGUGGAGUUUACGUGCAUCUUUAGGGUCGGGGGGGGGGUGAAAUCAAAACCAACACUGUAUUUCGGUUCUGUUUGUCAUAAAAACCGAGGGAGUGUCUUUUACCGAGGGAGUGUCUUGUGCUGUCGUCGUGUGGACUGUAGCUAGCUAACCUGGCUAGCACUAGCGACGCGGCGUAAACACUUCAGUUGUUUUAGUGUGCUGCUUUUGCGACCUGUCUGCAAACGCCGCUAUGGCGCAGACACGCGCAGCGGGCGACGAGCCCGCCGGGGAACCGUCCUGCGGCGCGUGCUCCGGGGACGUCGUGGCGGUGAAGCGCGCGCUGCUGCACAGGCUGGGGCCCCACGAGCGGCUGCUCACGUACGCGCAGGCGGUGCUGGUGUGGGAGAGACCCCUCCACAGCCUGCUCGCCUUCUCCCUGGUCAACGCGGCCUUCUGGUUCUUUGCCCUGAGCUCUUUCAGGAUGCUCUUCCUCAUGGCGUCCAGCCUGGCGCUGGCCGUGUGCGCGGACACCUGGUGGAACGCGAUUUGGCCCAGGAUCAAAGUGAAACGACUCGAUGAUGGCGAAACCGAAAGCUGGGGCCUGGUGCAGCCCGGGAUCCUGAGCGUGCCCGAGCUGUGUCUCCACAUGGCGGAGAUGUGGGUGAUGGUGCGUUCGUGCACGUCGGUCCUGGCCUCUUUCAAACGCACCAGCCCGGGGAAGUUCUGUAUGCUGAUGUGUAGCGUGUUCUUCCUUUUGGCCAUGGUGGGGCGCUACAUCCCUGGACUACUUCUCUCCUAUGUGGCAGUGCUGAGUGUGUUGUUGUGUCCGUUGGCGGCGUAUCAUCGAUUGUGGCAGCGUGUGUGUGUGCGGCUAGAGCCAGCCCUGCAGUGGCUGGACUUCAGCGUCAAAGGAUACAUGAUGUCCAAGCCCAUAGACAACCAGUUUCUUCGCAGGCCAAUUAGGGGCGGGGCAACAGAUGAUGCCAGUGACAGUGAGGAGGAGCUAGCUGCAUUCUGCCCCGUGUUCGAUGAAGCCGCGGUGGCUAAGGAACUCGCUCUGACCGAUUCCGAACACUCUGACGCUGAAGUUUCGUACACGGAGAACGGCACCUUUAAUCUCUCCCGGGGUCAGACUCCUGUCACCGAGGGCUCAGAGGAUCUGGACAGGCACAGUGACCCUGAGGAGUCUUUUGCCCAGGAUCUCCCAGACUUCCCUUCGAUAAACCCGGACGCCACCCUGAUGGAGGACGACGAUGACCCCAGCCUCGGGAUACCCAGCCUGGGCGCGGCCGGCCUGCCAGGUCCCCGGGGAGCCACCACCUCCGCCAUGCUGGACCUGGACACCCAGCUGGACUCGGACCAGGAGGAGCUAGACCACGACCUCUCCCUCGACACCCUCAACGUCACCUCUGACCUCACCAGCGACCUGGCCGGGAUUCUGGCCAGCAACAUGAUCCAGGCGGCCAUCUCUGGGGCCUUGCAACCGCGACCAGCCCCAGGGUCACGCAGACAGGGGCUCCCUCGGGGCCCCGGAGCCCCGCGUGGCAGCUGCAGGAAGCAGUCGAGUUCGGAGCUGGACACGGACCUGGAUCUGGAUGCGGAGGACUUUGAGAUGCUGGACCAGUCGGAGCUAAACCAGAUGGAUCCUUUAGGGGGGGCAGGAGGACGAGGAGCAGCCCCAGGGGGGCAGGACAGAAACCAGGGGUCCAGCUUCUUCUCCAACCUGCUAGGCAAGCCACAGUGAGGUGUGUGUGUGUGUGUGUGUGUGUGUGUGUGUGUGUGUGUGUGUGUGUGUGUGUGAGAGAGAGAGAGAAAUACACACCUACCUAUAUCUAAACCAGUCUCUCCUCCAUACCUUUGUGUACCUGCCCCUCACAUUGUAAUCAAUGUGAAGCAAGUUUGUAGAAUGUGUGUGCACCGAUGUGAAGAAGAGCAUUUUGAUCUGUGCACAGUUAAUGGAUGUGGUCCCACUAGCCAGUAAUCCUCCAUUGGCUAUAGGCAGUCACUGUGAAGUAACCUAGUUUUUAGUCCUGUCUCUGAUGUUUUCUUUUCUGUGUAAGUCUGUUUGAGAGAGCGAGCGAGUGAGAGAAAUUUCUAAAACACCAAUUUAUUUUGUAGGCAAAGCAAUAGGCUGCGAAUGCAGGGAAACUUCCAGAAUCAUACCGAAACCAGCAUACCGCACCCUGAACCUUCUACAUCUCCUCAGACAAGUCUUGCUGAGCCUUAUUCAUCUCUCGGAGACAAAACCUUUCAUUAACGUGCACCCGCCGCUCGCUCGUCCCUUAAACAUAUUUUAGUCAUGGUGGGACCAAACCAGACAUUCCUGCACAGACACUGUGUGCCCCUCAGUCUUCUCCAGACCCAGGACACGCCAGUAAAAGGCAACACCCACGACAUUCUCCUGCCGAGCGGUGCUGUCCAGGUCCAGAUUACCCCGGCGUAAUUGUGGCUGGCGCCGCGAUGGUCCAGGCGCACGCUGGUGUUGGCCCUGCCCCUCACUGCAGCGUCGGAGUUGGUGCGUGCAGGCCCAGCAGGCGUGAAUCCUGCUUUUCCUUCUUUUUCUCGUUCUCGCUGUUCGCUUUGUUUGCUAGUAAACAAGGUCCAAGCAAGUGAGAGAGUAGCGGAGUGCCAUUGGAUGCUGGCGGUUUAAUAGCAAUAUGUGAACAUUAGCGGUGAAAGAGUUGCAUUGAUUUGCUUUUUUGUUUUCUACUAGGUUUUUGUCCUAAACUGGAACAGCUAAGUCCUGACUUUGCGUGAUUUGACGUCACAUGACCCAGGAAAAAUAAAGGAAUAUUAUGUUCUUGUAAAACAUCUUUUCUAAAAGAAAACGUGGGCAGCAACAAAAGCCCGCUGGACUGACCCUUUGUUCAGACAAGUGGGUCAGUUUACUGGUGUCCUGGUUCUGGCCCGUGGUGGUUUAUGGCGGGUGUUGUUCUGCUAGCAAUCAUGUGUUCCAGUUUCUUCGCCUUUAGUUACAGUUUGCUGUAUUUUUGUCGUUUUGCAUCAGCUGAAGAGAGAACCACUCGCUCAGAAUGCUGGUUUAUUUGGGAGCACUUGGAGUGACGUCCGUGCUGUGACCAACAAACUCAGUCACCCUGGCCAUGUAGUCUGAAGUCUGCUUGUCCUGGAAUGGUUCCAGGAUGCGCUUCAGAAUGCAGGAAUACUUACAACACUGUUCAAUAUCAAGGCAGAGAUGUGAAGACAGUUCAGACAGAGAGGGACUGGCUCCACAUUCAUUAUCUCCAGCUCUGUCAGGAGACCAAACAAACCGCCCUGACUUAAUUGUUAUUGCCCUCACUUUACAUUACAUCACUGUAGCUGUGAGAAUGAACACACAUCUAAACCUGGCACAAAAACUGUUUAUCCCAAGAAUGUAAAAUGAAAAUAAGAACUUUAUUUGGAGUUCUAAAAAAAACGCCAGCACCCAGAGAGGCACGAUGUGGUGCCGUGUGUGUGUGUGUGUGUGUGUGUGUGUGUGUGUGUGUGUGUGUGUGUGUGUGUGUGUGUGUGUGUGUGUGUGUGUGUGUCUGUGUCUGAGUGAGACUCACAGACAGGUUCUUCUCAGCUACUUUCUUCUAUAUCGUUACAAGUGUUCUCAAAUAAUGAUGAAAAGCUGCAAAGAUAAGACGGCCCACGUGUGGCAGCGGGGCGGUCCACGCGCCGUUGGCACGCGCCGGCCGAGAUGCUGACGUUGACGCUACCUCUGACGUGCCUUUGGCCGGGUCUUCCGCCCGAGGCCGCGGCUAGCGUUCCCGUGUCCCCGGCACAGGACCAGCCCGGGGAACCCUGAUACAGGGUCACAGGGACUGGGGGAACCGUAUAAGCACUGUGAUGUCUUACUGGUUUAAACCGCCCCAUCUAAGCUCUCAUCUCACGCGCAGCCUGAACUAGCUCUCGGCUGUUUGCAGUUCAACACUAAGUGUAUGAGCACAGGGUACCAGGAUAUCUCUCUCUCUCUCUCUCUCUCUCUCUCUCUCUCUCUCUCUCUCUCUCUCUCUCUCUCUCUCUCUCUCUCUGUUAGCUCCUCCCACGUAUAUAAUUUCACUCAUGGCCCGAAAUUCUUGUCAUAAUCACUUGACAUUUGCACUAUAAAAUAGAACUUAAACAAAAACGGUUACGCAUUUUAAGUCAGGGACAAUAUUUUGUAGUAAUUAAAGUCGGUAAAGUGAGCUCUCAUCCCUUCUACCGUGUACUUGUCCGGUAAAUAAGUAGACAGGCCUCCUCCCUGAAAGGAACCUGUUCGUGAAGCCUGAUGAUGAAUUGAAUUGGAAUUCCUCUCCCACAGUGCUGUGUGAACACAGAGUGCAAGUAGUGAGCUUGCUUUGUUCAGUUGCUGUUCUAAUGCUGGUGCAGAAAUAUGCAACAUUGAAAAUGCAACUGUUUGGUGUAAUUUUAGAUGUGUGUGUGUGUGUGUUCUCUGGAGCAGAGACUGUAUCUGUCACCGGGAACUUUUAUUUGAUAUUACUUUUAUUUGAUUUUGUUUUGCAUGUUUGGCUUACUGCACUUGGUUAGCACACACUGACAAUCUUUUGUGUCCAUUUUUUUUGUUGUGAUCUUGACAACUGUAUUUCCCUGUUUUCUUUUUUCCCCACACGAUGGUUAGUUGCUGUACAUUACGUCUCGGCUAACCUCACCAGAUCCCUUAAGUUCCAUCUUGCUCUACUCUCAGUCCUGUGCUUUCGUAGUUAGGUUGAGGUAUGUCGGAAGCGGCUGUAAAUGGCGAUCUGAACGCAUUGCUCGUUAAAGCCAGCAGGGCGGCGCCGUGAUGCUGCGUUUGCUGGUUUGCUGUGAUUCUCCCUCUUGCCGCUACUCUUUACUCUGUUUCCCUAGGUCACGUUACCGCUUUUCCCAUCAUCCCUUUGGAUCUACGGUGUUGCAGGCCGCUGUUGAUUUUCCGCAGUGCCGGCAGCACUUGCUGGCGACAGAUUUAUGAAGAGCUAUAUUUACAAAUCAAAGUAAAAUGAAGGUCUAAGACUUAUAUAACUGACAUUGAGUAACAUGAGUAGGUCGCAGUCUGGCCUUUAUUUACUUUUGGAUGCACACAUUAUAUUUACUAAAAGGGUUUUCCACAACACUUCUCAGGAAGAGAAGAAUUAUUUCAGAUGACCACAAAAGCUUGACUUUAUAAGAACUGAAGUAAGCUCACUUUUGAAAAAGAAAUGUGUGCCGUGUGGGAAAUGUUAUUUUUGUGUUAUUAUAGUUUGUAGAUGAUUUCUCUCCCCCCCCCCCCCCCCCCCAACUUGCCAGUCAUUUAGUACAUUAGUUCAAACUCUUGUCAAUGAGCCAUAAGUCGGUUUAUAUGAGCAUAUAGAUUACAGGAUGAUAAAUGGGGGAUGACGACUGUGGAGUAUAUUCUUAGAUGUCACUCUUUAUAGAAGAUGAUGGCAGCGGCAGCAUUAAACUGAAACCGACCUGAUUCAGGAUCCUUCAUCUGCCUGCCCCACUGGAGCUCAACUAAAGGGACUAAUAAAGAACUCUUCUGAAGUGUUCUUUAAAAUAUAAAGUUUUUUUAAAAAAAAAGGAAAAGAGAGUAAUUUAAUUCAUAGUAUCUCUUUGAUGAGAGAACUGAAAUGUUUCGUUAUCAGUGGAAAUGUACCCUUUCCUUUCUCUGUGAUUGAUUUUUGAUAUGUUUUGGUGUGAAUAAACUGCAGCCGACACCC